AUGAAAGACUUUGUGUUGUGUGCAUGCUACAUUGAGAAGGAGAAGUGCCUCGUGAGAAAGUUGAUGGAUCUCCCCAACAAUUCCAUUGUAAAUCCUCUUGCACCUCUGCCCACUCAGCAGAAAAAGGGUGUGGGCCACAGUGCUGGCCAGAAUGCAAAACCGAAGUCCAAUGUUGCCCCACCACCCUAUGUGCCUCCCAUUGUGAAUGGUCCUAGCCCAGCUGAUAUGCCUCCAAAUCCCAUCCCUCAGUCUUCAACAGCAGUAGCAACACCUGUCUUCCAUCAGCACCCCACAGACUCCCAUCACUUUGGUUUCAGUGUUCUGGCUCAACAGCCAGGUCAUAUCAUGCCUCCCAGGAUGGAACCUGACCUUCAAGUGCUCAAUAAUCCUUAUAUUGCCACAAUUCAGGGAGACCAAGUUCCCAGUAAUACAUCUCAUCUGCCAACACCCCAGCCCAACUACCAGUCUUGGUUUAUCCCCCACCAGCCACCUGCUACCAUCCCUGACUCUUGUAUUGACCCCUCCCUUGAUAGCUUGCUCUCAUCAAGACAAACUUUGGCAACUGCUGACAUUCACCACAAGAGUUUGGAGAAGCUGUCAUCAGAGGGCUCCUCAGAAGAGGAGUUGGAGUCCUUGAGUAGUAACCCAUUGGACACAGAGGCUGGUGAGGUCUCUGGCAAUGAGUCCAACAAAGAUGAGGACAAUGCAUUUGGAUGGGGUGCAAAGAAUCUUAGGCAAUCAACUCAUCCUGGUACAUGUCAGAGCUUACAAUCCAAGGACAAGGCUCAGCCAGAGGGUUCCCAACAUGGUGCUGUCAUCGACAUUCUUGAAUGCCACCAUCACACUAACAGCUGUCCUUCUGUUCCUGAUCAUGAUCUUCUGACCCUUGUGCAUGACUCAGUCAACGAAGUAUCUCAGCGCACCAGAGCCCCUUGUAACUCCAAGAAAGCUAAGGAUGAGGGCCCAUUGCCUUCACAACUGAGAUUUUACAAGGCAGUAUGGAAGGACUGUCUCAAAGAUGCUAAGCAAGAAUGCAGGGCUGCACAUCCACUUUCUAACCUGUUCCCAUCGAAAUCUCAUGACUUCAACCUCUCCAUAAUGGAGGUGCUCAUCACUGUCAUCAUUGAGUGGAAUCAAUGCAGUUACUGGCCUGACCACAAGCAAGAUAUGGCAUGCCUCAUAAUUCCCCUUUCCUGUCUGGCUCUCAUAGCAGCUGCAUAUCAUUGUGUGUUGGAUGGAUUUGUGAAGAAUGGCACAGGAAAGACAAUGCCUCAAUUCUCUGGCAAGGCUUACAUUUCCAUUUUCCAUGGCAUGAUGAAGGUGCUGAAUGACAUCCUUCAUAAUCCCUAUCAUGGUGUGAGGUUGUGUGAUCAGCUUUCUCAGUGGGUGAAGGAAGGAUGGGCUGCACUGAAAGAGGUUGAUUCAAAUGUAGAGAGGUACCAGCACAUUCAGGCAGUCCUUGAUUGA